AUGGGUCAGCGAAUUUCUUGUCUGAAUAUAGCGACAGAGUCGGAGUGUGUGUACAGUUUACAUCCUAGUACACCACUUCAGUUAAAUAAUGACACGCCUCGUCAAGAAAACCAUCAGCUUGAUGAGAGCCGUGUUGUUCCUUGUGAGGAAGAUGGAGGGAGUGGGGUGACGGAGAAAAAGAAAGUGAAGAAAAAAUUGAGUUUUUGGAGAAAGCUGUUCCGCUUUUCACGCCCAAGAACUGGAAGGGGUGAAAAGGUGGAGCAGGUGGACAGUGAGAAGGUGAAGCCAGUCACCGAAGCAGAACCUUCUACUGAUGAUCAAACCUCAUUAGGAAACAUCUCAAGCCCUGUUGAGCAUCAUGAAUCCCAGCAAGCUCCUAACAGCCUUGAGGUUCCUUCCUCCAUCAUUGACCUGCAAAUACAGGAACAGUGUGAGAAUGUGGAGCUGGAGGAAGAAAUGUCUACUGAUGAUCCAACUUCAGUGGAGACCAUAUCUUCUGUAGAGAGUUAUGGUCCUCAGAACACUCCCAACAGUAGUUUUGAGAUUCCUCUCUUCACUGUUGACGAGCAAAUCCAGGAGUUUCCAGAUGAUCUGUCAGAGGAAGAAACUGUGUGUCCUCUGGCAGAAAACCCAAGCCAAGACAUGGUCUUGAUUAUUGGGAGCAUGUGCUGGACCUACAACAUGGGUGAGCUACUGGGAGAAGGAGGAUUUGGUGCCGUAUAUGCUGGUGUCCGUGCCCAUGAUGAUCUUCCGGUGGCAAUCAAGUUUGCCAAAAAAAUGGAGGGCAUGGAAUAUCUCUACGUUCCUGGCCUUCCAGAACUUGUACCACUUGAAAUCGGCCUCACACUUAUGGCAAACAAGGGUCCCAGCUCACCCAACAUAAUCGAGCUGCUGGAUUGGCAGGACUUUCCAGACCAUUAUAUAAUGGUCCUGCAGCGCCCUUCACCAUGCCUGAGUGUGUUCAAGCUGUUGGAGAGCUGUGGCAACAUCUUUGAAGAAAGGUUUGCUCGGUAUGUGAUGCGCCAGGUUAUCGAGGCAGCUGAGACCUGCUGCCGGCGCGGAGUAUUCCACAGAGAUAUAAAAUUGGAGAACUUGAUCAUCAACACACACACCAUGGAUGUCACACUGAUUGACUUCGGUUGUGGAAACCUGUUCCAUGAAACAGAGUACCACACUUUUAGUGGUAUGUACAGUAUUAAAACUUUAGUGUCAUGACACACAAGCUGCUGAAUACAGUAAAAACAAACUGUUGUAACUCAGACAUGCAAAUCUCUUUCCUCCAGGCACAGAGAUGUACUGCCCUCCAGAGUUUUUCGAAACGGGCAAAUACUUAGCACGGCCAGCAACCGUGUAUUCGCUUGGAGUGCUGCUAUACACUAUGGUGUGUGGAUAUAUGCCAGACUACACGGAUCGGGAAAAGAUGCAGCACUGGCUGUGGUAUCUGCCGUCCU